AUGGUAUCGGAAGAGACUACGGUAGUCUUCACGGUAUCGCCUCGGCCGUCAGAGGCUCACGCUACCCAACAGGGAAAUAAGGUACCAGAGGGUGAAAGAAGAUUACUUGAAACAAGAUAUACACAACUUGGACAAGCAGUAAAAAACCCAUACCCGCAACCUCAACCACUUGUGCAGACAGAGUCACCCACUAGGGUAGCAUCUCCCAUUCAGUCACGUUCUCAAACAAAACCCAACUUAGACAGGAUCAAUAAAAGUCAAGUGUUCGUAACCCAAGCAAGAUCACUCUUGCAGCAACAGCGUGACUUACCACACACGUCAAAACCACUAGCACCGCAGCGUGUUAUUAUUCCAUCUGAAACAACUGCUUCCCUGUUACAACAAUUACAACGUCAACAGCAGCUUCAGCAACAGCAACAUUAUCAACAAAUGCAAAAUCGGCAACUUUCCCCGCAGUCAGCACCCUGUGCACGCCAGCCAGACCCUUCGCCACAGCCAAUACAAAGACAUUCAGUCGCACCUACUCCUAUUGUGCCUCCUUCUUUGGUUAGUGCGAAACCCAGAAAUCCCAACAAUGGCCACCAAACUGCUGUUUCUUAUUCUACGACUUCGGAACAAAUUUCUAUAAGGAACCCUAGCAAUCAGCGGUCAAACCUGGUCAACUCAAACACCCCAGUCUGCGAAAAGUUAAAUCAACCUGUAAAUCGUUCUUGUGGCAACUCGCCCGGCUCACCCCUUCUGGCAAGUACCAGGGCCCACGUUGGUAAAACCUCAGAAAGGAGAGAGAUCACUGCAGCCGUAAGAAUUGCUCUGAAUGCCAAUUACCAGAAAGAAUCCAUUGUCACUCCAGAUUAUUCCUCUCGAAAUCACAAUCGUUUCGACAUUGCUCAUGGCUCAACUGGAAUUCGACGAGAAGUUCCUGGGGGAGCGUCCUCUACAACGGUAUCAACCUAUAAUCAGUUUCAACCUGAUAUCCAAAGUAUGCAGAAAAGCGGCGUUUUGGUGCGUGCUCGAAAAAUGCACUUGGACAAGAAAAGCUUUCUACCAUCUGGCUACAGAAUAGCACUGCCCUCGCCUGAGUAUUUGCUUCAGCAACAACAAUUGCAAUUCGAGAGUACCUCUCAGCAUCCAAAAGCCAAUCAGGAGUCCCAGAUGCAAUCUUUCCAAAGUAGGUCACCAAACAGACUAGAAGAACGCCCUAGUCAGCCAACACAAAUAAUAACCACAAGACAAACCCCAGCAGUACAGUCCCAUCACCAAGCCGCUACUCGGUCUGGGUAUCAACCGAUUCUCACCGUGCCAGAAAAAAGGCCACCCCAAGCAUACCGUAAGCAAAACCAACAGACUCAGACCUCUAGAAGUCAUUUUCUGCCAAACGCAACUCAGGAAAAACAUCAAGAACAUUCACUGACGAGUGAAGCCACAAACGGCGAUGUGACCCUACAGUCUCUACACAGGCCCCCUAUCCAGUCCCCUGGCAUUUCCUCAAGCGAUCUUCUUAAUGAGAGACAUUCUCAAGUUGCACAAAGACCAGCUACCGAAAAUGCGACAGCAUCAAGCGUUCCAACGAACGCAAAGCAAGGCACGGUGAACCAAGGAGUUGUACAAAAGUCAAUGCCUAAGCCGUCAGCGUCUAUUGCCGUGAUGGGCAGUAGCAUUGUACUUUCGUGGAACAUGGAAUAUGACGAAGCAGAGAUUAACGUUGACAAUUACGAACUAUUUGCGUGUCAGGAUCUUACUGAAACAGACGGGCAACCAAUCAAGUGGAAGAAGAUUGGAAUUGUGAAGUCACUUCCGCUUCCCAUGGCGUGUACCUUGACACAAUUUUCCUCCGGUAGCAAAUAUUUUUUCUCUGUACGUGCAGUUGACGAAUAUGAGCGGGCGGGACCCUUUAGUGAUCCUUGUACAGUUUCACUUAAUUCUUCGUAAAUGACAUUUCUUAAUCUCUGAUAGAAAUAACCUUAGUUGAAGUAAGAGUAGUGAACGCUAUCCAAAAACGCUCAAUAUUGGAAGGACGUGGAACUUAUCCUUUAAACGUUCAGAGGUUACGCUUCCUUUGCCGCGCUGUUGCCUAUCGCAAGGUCCUUUUUGUCUUUGCAAAAAUUCUGUGUAGCGUGAUAUAGAUGAUUGCAAAAAAUGCAUUUAAUCUACAAAAUAACAACCCGUUCAAAAAGCUGUUUUUGUUGUGGAACAAAUUUCCGCACUUCUUUUUUUGCUGCUGAAUUACUCUUCUUCUAUACAACUUUGUUUUGUUUGUUUACGAAAUUGUUGUUUUUUGUUGUCAUAAACGACCCUCUGUACGGACAAGAAUUCGAAAGACCAUAAACGUUUAAAGCUGUCAAAAUCUUUUAUUUCAUUUAAAAGCCCAUAUUCAUGGUCUUGAAAGCUGGGCUGAACUAUCUAUGUCUAGGAAAUCGGCAAUUUGAUUUGAAAAGGCAAAAGACAAAGUGAAAAUAAAGAAAGACAAUUGCAUAGCAUAUAGUAACGUUCUCGUCUUAAAUCUGAGCUAGCUGUCUAGCUGUGUAAAUUCUUAGAGAUCUCUUAAUUAUGUAAUAUUUGGGACGAAGUCGUUUGUGAGCGAAUACUGAUUGAGACGUUUUAAAUUUGUCGUAAUCCAUUAACCGAUAAAAAUGUUUUCUGUUGCCUUGACACUUAGCGCGCGAAAAAUUAAUCUGGAAGGUGAAGUUCAAGUUCUAUUUAUGCUCUUCAUCGCGUUUGCGCCACGUUAUAAACGAGCUUAAGCAAAGACGGUUUGAGCGACGUGCGUCAACUGGAAAUGGACUUUUUUGCAUUCUUGGGCAGUGGUUUUGCCCAACUUGUCAGGCAAAUCUACUCCAGAAGAGUAAAGACGGGUAGCAAUACAAAAUUGGUAGCUUCAAGGCAUAUUAGAAGAGGAAAGGCAUUACUUCCGGUUGACGUCCGUCACUCCAAAAAGUCUCUGCUUCAGCUCUGUUAUUAUUAGGUUGUCAGUAAAACGCCGCGCAAGAUGGGAGUUAAUUUUUGUUGUUUUUUAAUAUAUGGUUUGUUCAGGAGAAAAACAGGAUAAAACAAACGAAAACACCCCGACCCCGAGUCGACGUUUUAGGUCACGCUUUAAUUGAACCUUAACGUUUGGCGCAGUACGCAUACAAAAAAAUCGCAGCUUUAGAGAUUUGUCGUCAUAUAUGGUUUAAAAUAUUUACUACAGGUAUUCUUUUGCUUGGUAUUUUAAAUCUUGAGACAAAAUGAUCAGGUACGUUCGUCACGUUCUGCUUUAUUUUAUGACAUGUUAAUAUAUUUAUAUGAAAACUAAGUUGUAUUUAGAUAGUAUAUUUAUACAAUUUGUAAAUAAACGAGAACGAAGCCAAAGUAAUGAAUUUGCCCAUUUAUUUAGUUAUUAUUUAUUCACUGCCAUUGGUAAAAAACUACCGUCCUUUUUUAUUUGGGCUUGCACAAACUUUUGAAAAUAGAGAGAAAGAAAGAAGGAAGAAAAGAAGCACGUUAAGACGGAGGGAAGGGAGCAAAGAAAACAAUCAGUCUGAUCCUACCUAGUGAUCAACCAGUUACCAAACGAAAUCAAUCUUCCGCUUUAACAAACUCAGCGCAAAACAAUCGGCAGAAUAGCAUAAAAUGUUUUGUAUAGAAGAAAUGCAAAUCUUCCAAUUUGUACCUUGUUGCCAUACUUGGAGGAGAACAUACGCCUGCCAGAUUUAUGUCGUUCCCCUUCAAAUUAAAUUUAGCAAUUUCAGUAUGGUUUAACCAGCAACAAGCCUAAUUUUACGCAAGGAAGAAAAAAAUACUUAUUAUAAGCUUUUCUCGAAUAGAUUUAGUGAAAUGAGGAUGUCGCUAAAUUGGCCUACUAAGGCGAGUCCGUUCUGUUUGCACGAACUUCGUGUACGUGCGAUGGACUGCACCGGGGCGAAAAGCUAUUUUCAAGACGUAUUGCUGGUUUUUUACCGUCUCUUCAAUUAAGAAAUGGUAAACGUGCAGCGUACAACCAUGGAGUUAAGGAUGCACGCGGGAGGUUUCUAAGCACGAACGAAGCAUAAGGGUCGCACGAGGCGAUAGCCGAGUGCGACUCUAGCUUCUUGAGUGCUUAGCAAACCUCCCAAGUGCAUCCAUUAUUCCAUGGUUGUACAGCUGCAACGUUUACCAUUUCUUUUAUAACAUAAUCAAAAGAGAAAAACAUUAUUUUCCAUUUGCCUUCGGAGUCAUCGGUACGAGUUCAUGUAUGCUGCCAUCUGCCCGCGUGUAAACAAAUCAUGGUCUAUGUUUUUCAAAAACUCGCCUUUGAGUUUUUCUUUCGCUGAAUCAACCGUUCUUCGUCUUCAGGUAAAUUGCAAAACGUUUUUCGUUGUUAUUCUGAAUGGCAUCUGUCUACUUGCUCUUAAUAUUAGGGUAAAAACUUUGAGGGAAAACUAUAGCUGCAACUAUAAACACCAACUAAAAAGACUAAAAAAAUUAGCUAAAACUAAAUAAAUGAAAUAAUUAUCAAGCUUGUUUAUGUGACAUUUUUGAAAUAAACGUAAAGUAGAAAUGAGAAAAUUUGACUAUAAUUUCUUUAGAAUAACAGGUAACACUAAUUUUAAAAAGAAAUUAACUAGCUUUGUAUCGAAAUCUGUUCGAGGAAAUCCAGCUAUGAAAGUCAAAGUUGCAAAGUUUUUCGACCGUUCUCUGAACGACUGUUAUGAAUGAACACUGAGGAACAAAAUAAUACACGUAGAAGUUAUUUUUUGAAAAAUUUAUUUGAAAAUCCAAAUGUUUCUGUACUCAAAUGAAAUUCGCUUAUUCCAGCGUAAUGUGCCCGUUUAAACUCAACUAAAAUUUUUAAUCGAUGCGGUGACAACUUCACAACAAAGCUGUCUCGAAUUUGAGCGUGUUUUCUAAAAUAUUUGCUUGAAUUUAACAUCAGCUUGACCAAAAAGUCAGUAACACAAUGCUAAUUGAUAAAUUUACAUUUCAAACAGACUUUCUCUUCUAUAAAAAAAACAUACAAAACGUACCUUAAAUCUUCGCUCGCUCGAUUUUCCUUCAGCCCAUUCUGGCCGCGAGGAAAACAGUGAUUAAUUCAUCCAGGGCAAAUUUGUCGCUUGAUCUUUUGUCUUUUUUCCUUCAAAACGACAGCUUAGUAUUUUCCUCAACUUCCACUUUUCAUCUGUCCAUUUCAUCGGUGUAUUUUACCGUCACCCACGGGCAAAUGGUAGUGGCUAACUGACCAAUCAGCGCGAGCGAUUUACUUUUGUUAUGUUAUAAAUAGACCUUAUUCACGAUACCCGCCAUCUUUGCACGCGCUUUGGGACUGAUGGGAUAAAAGCAAUGUCACGUGGUAUUUCAGGGAGCAUGCAAGUGAUAACAUUUGCCAAUGCGAGUAAUCGCGGUCGAGUUUCUUUAUUCUCUUUAAACGUGUCGAGGCGACAACUUUAUAGACCCUUUAUAGUCAUGCGUUACGACAAGGCCUGCUUCAGUAUUGCUCGCUGUGAGGACAUUUGCCGUCGCUUGUAUACAUCCAAAAAAGCAACAAUGAUCGCUUCCAUCCAUAAUUUCCCAUAGCAUUGUCUUUUGACCGUACAAACUUUGCCAGCGGAAAAUGUUUUAUUACGGCAGCAAAACGGGAAAUCCCAAGCCGGCACGGUAAGCCCAUCCUGUCCAUUCGAGAAGCCAAUCAGAACACAGCAUCCACUUCGACUUGCCCGCUUGUGAAGCUAGCCAUAUCGUAAAGGCACUUACUCUCAGUACCGAAGGUAUCCGCACUAACUUGUGUUGCUUGAAUUGAAGAAUAUGCACAGUAUGAACAGAGUCAUCAUAGCCCCUUAACGAAAUGAUCUGAGUUUCACAAAUGUGUAAUUAAAAUAUUAGAAUGGUUUAGGGCAUCCCUAAGGUGACUCAAAACACUGAGGGCAAUGUGUUACAGCAAAGAAGCGUCGGAUUUGAAUUGGCAUUUACCAGCAAGCGAUGUCCUAUACCCAGACUCGCUAACCCAAAGAAUGGUGGUUGCUAUUAAUCCACAGGAAGCGCGGUACAUAAACAUAAAUUAUAAGUAUUGACUGUUCCAUUAAUCAACAAAAUAUUUCCCGCCUUAACUAAUCAAACAAUUUGUCUGUGUGCUCGCUUGAUCAAAUCCUGGAACCGGGGUUUAGUGUGACGUAAUAAAUCAAAUGCGGGUGACACAUCCCACCUGUUGAAAGACUCUAUCGAAAUUUCCUUCGUUCCUCCGAUUUUUUCGACUCGAAAUAUCUGACUUGAAAUCAGCUAUAAAUCCGUACAAAGUCCAUGGAUUUUUCAUUAUCGCUUCAGGCGUUGGUUUAGAGUCGGUUUUAUUUUUUUUGAGAUUAUUUUCUCAAGGGUUGCCAGAAGAAGUCAAGUUUACUCCAGAAACAUAACGACUGAUCGAGGUAAGUUAUCAGUUGUGUAAACUAAAUUUCUGAGGAAAACGUUCUAUUUUACUUUGUGGUAAACAAGUGUAUGAAGAUUUAGAUCUUAUGCUCUUCCAUUAUCUUUAAACCAAGUUAAGAAAAUUUCAUCUAAGGGCUGUUCAAUGCGUCGUCAAUCUAAAAAACCUAAAUCUACCUUCAUUCGUUAAUUAUCAAAUAACAGAACUUACGACUCUGAUCGUUGUGAACAGACAUCCUUACUAUUCAGUAGUUAGUGGUAUACAUGAGUGGCCUUAUUGGCGUUUAAUAUUCUUCAGGAAAACUACUCUAGCUAGUUAUUGGGUUCAUUAAGUUAGACCAGAACACUGCAUGCCAUAGGGAAUAUUUCUAAUACGACACAAGAUUUGUUAGACGAAGUUCCUAAACAAAUUGAUUGCAAUUAACUGUCUUCAAUGACUCUUGUCAGCGUGAAAGGUGUAUUUGGUCUUUAGUCUUGGUUCCUUUCGUCUCACUUAUAUAAUAUAUAUAAAUUCUAAGGCGAGCCGGAGUUCCAUGUUUUUAUAUUUUCCUCGGGAAACAAUAUUUGAUUUGUAGUAGUUUACCGAAAUUGAAUUUUUAAAUGAUCCCCAGCUAUAAGUAGCGGCAUAAAGACUGUUUUAACAGUCUUUAAGCUGCCACUUAUAGUCGAAGAGUGUUCUUGUUAAUUUUGCUCAAUUGCAUUCUAUCGCAUACGAUUAUAUGGACAAUAUGAUCAAAGGAAUAUUUAUAUUUUUGUGAAGUCAUAUUUAUAACCUCAGAUUUAUUUUUUUGUCAUAUUAGAUAGCAGUAUUUUAAUGUUGAGAUUUAUAACGUCUGAGCUAGAAACUGACCAAUGGCCCAUGAUCCUUACUAGUAAACUUAUUUCAUUCUUUUUCCACUGCGAAAACAUACAUUUAACUUGAUCAUUGAUCCGUGACUUUACUGAUAUCGUGUACGUGAUAAAUUUUAUUGUUAUUCACAAUAUAUUAAUUUUAUCGUUAGUCAACACUAUAACAAUGUCAUGAUUUUAUAAACGGCUAGGUGAAACAGUUCCUAGUUAUUGCUCUUAGUUUCAUCAUGUCAUAAAAUAAUCACUAUUGAAUCAGUCCUUUAUCACUGGCUGCUCAGCUAACGGAGAGAGUUAUAAGCAACCUGGCAAAAAUUUAACGGUCUUACUCCCAAGCCGCUUCACUCCCUUUAUCACUGGCUUAGGUCGGGAGAGACUUGAAAGAUCACUUUACUCCCUUGCCGCUUUACUCCUUUUAUCACUUUCUAAACGCGAUUAUGACCAACUUCUUGAUCCUUUCCUCUACCAUUCAAGUGGGGCUGUAAGUAUUGGCUUUUCUGACUAAGCAGCAGUUGAUGCGCCAAGCGUUGCUAACUAAUCUUACAAGUCUAUUACUGUAGGAAAGAAAAUGGCUUUUAACUUUAACCCGCUACGCGUCACUUUUACAAAGGGAAUGUUUGUCUGUUUUUUUGGCCGCAUCACCUUUAGGGUCAUUGAGUGAGCUUGAGCUAUAUACCAGAAUAAUGUGGUGUCUUAUUGCUCAGAGAUAGUAACUUUAGAAGCAUAACAAAUAUCGUUCUAUUUUGCAUUGGGAUUUUGCGCCAUUGGAAUGACGUUAUAAUUGGGUUUUCUUUUAUUUCCUUCCAUUUACAGCAAGCGUGUUUGUUGCGUGGAAAGGGAAGUGAUGAGGCUCCUCUUUCUUAUUUCACUAACUAAUGUUAUCUCAUUGGUUUAUUCUGGUAAGUGCCAAAUACCCCGGAUACAAUAUUCUUUUCUCUACCGGAUGUAGGCCACUCUAUCAAGCAAACUCAAAAAUUGCUUUCAAAAAUUGCUUCACAUGAAAAGUCAUAACAUCGUCUUACAUUGACCAACAUGAAGUUUUACUUUUUUCAGCUCCAUUGGACAAGAGGAUUGCAAGAGGUAAAUACAUGACAGAAGUCAACAGUUAUCAUACACAUUGAUUAUUUAGCGAGCACUCACUUGCACAACCAGCUUCUUUCCAAAACGUGUGCCAAAAAAUAAAAGGGCAGUUGAUGACUUUGAUCACUCUGACGUUCUUACUUUUGUAAAAUUAUUCUCUGUACAAACAAGAAGGAAGUUUUAAUUUCUUUUAAAAAGAAAUACAACCGAACACAUUUUGGACAAAACAGGGGAACCAUCGACGCCCAAUCCAACCCACUGAGUUUCAACAGAGCCAGUUUGCAAUGCUUUCUCAACGACCUUACGGAAGAGUUCUGAAUUUCCCACAAACAAGCCAAAAUGGGCAUGACACUUUUACAUUUUACCUAACUAAUCAUCAGAAAAUUUAUUCAUUUCAGAGCCUUCGAUAAGAUUUAAUAAAAGACAAGUUGCAGCUCAAGGUACACUGUAUGAUUCAAAGUUUUCGAUAGUUUCCCUUACUCGAGCUUAUAUAUUCUUAACUAUUUAUCUGGAAUUAUUUUCUUUUAGAGUUUUCUCUGGUUUUCCCUUUAACAGUCAGAAAAUCAGUCAUGGUUUUCCAUCCUAAAUAAAGACAGUUCCCAGUAGGGAAUGAAUUCGGCUUCUUUUUUUUCGUAAAAUUCCACGUUUUAAACUUUACCUUUUUAAAUUAAAUAUAAAAUUUUGUUUUCAGGAUACCCCGGUUAUAUACCUUCUUCGUGGCAGCAUCUUUCAUCUCAAAAUGCUGCACUACAAACUGGCUCCAUAACGUGGAGUAAGUUGAUAUUUUCUCUUAAAGAGUUAGCUCUGAUUAAAAGAAGGGUUAAAAAAUAAACUGUUUUUCGAUUCGUACGGAAUUCGUUCGCUUUAAGCUCUUACCAUUCAGAGCACAUUCGCACCCUUUUUUUCACGUUUUAGCACAAUAUAACUACCCGAUGGAAUAGGUCAGAUAGUAUAGAGUUCAUGUUUAAAGUUAUCUUAUAAUGAUGGCGGGAUUUAAUAAAAGCAAAGAGUGAACUGAUCGAUGGUUUUUUUUGGCGAUUUGUUAAAUAGAAAACUCAAACAUAGUUGGUUGGGACAGACGAUCUGGGACACUUUCAAAAGCGCCAGGCGGACAACAGCAACCAGCAACCUAUGCAAGUGUUCAAGUUGCCCCAGCACAAGCCAGCUCUACAUCGACAAAAGCACUCCUGUCCUCUGCCGAGAAAAGUAGUUCUGUGGCGUCCGCUGCAUCCCCACAACAGUGGUCAGCCAGUUAUCCUCCCACACCAGCACUAUCAAAAACCCCCAACGAAACAAACAAUUCUUUAUUGUCAGGGUCAUCCACACUUUAUUCACACUUCAAUCGCAAUCAACCACAAAUAGCCGCAGGCCAAUCAGAACCAAAAACGGAUGAUAGUUAUCCUGUGUACUACGUGUCCAGUCCUGAAGAAACAAACAAACAGCAACAGUCCUCCCAGAGUUAUUCCAACCCAAAAACUAGUCAAUCUGCACUCCAACAGCAAUCAAACUCAAAUGGCUUGGUAGAACCAGGUCCAUCAAAGGGUGAUAGCUAUCCUGUGUAUUAUGUAUCCAAUCCUGAAGAAACAAACAGACAACAACAGUCUUCGCAGAGUAUUUCCAACUCAAGUACUAGUCAAUCGACAUUCCAACAGCAUUCAAACUCGAAUAGCGUAGAAGAUCCAGGCCCAUCAAAAAGUGAUAGCUAUCCUGUAUACUACGUUUCCAACCCUGAAGAACCUAAUACACAGCCACAACCUUCUCAGAGAAUUUUCAAUUCAAAAGCUAAUCAAUCAAUUGCAUCUUCAUCACCUUCACAAAGUGGCAAAGACAAUGGGUAUCCAGUAUACUAUGUUAAGGACAAUGAAAAGAAUGAGGAACGAAGGCUAAAAGCCAAUUCAAUUAUAAAAACAUUGUCAUUGCCUACUAACUCAACAAAUAAUUCGGCUACAAAUAGUCAUGGUCACCACUAUCCUGUCUAUUACGUAAGCACUUAUAACAAGGAAGCGGAGGCUCCAGAGGCUCCAGAGGCUCCAGAGGCUCCAAAAGCCACUGAUAGUAACUCGUUUGUACCUGGAAGUCCAUCUGUAUCUGAACAAGGAGGUAAAGCUCCCUUAUAUAACGUAGGAGAUUCAAAUGUAGGCUCCAAUAACUUGGGUCAAGAAUCUAAAACCAAACCAGCCGCUGACUCCCCCGUAACUUACAAAAUAAUCAACAGUUCAUCAACGUCUCAAGAUACCACGAAAUCGAAAAACAAGGGUAUUCAAUCCGCCACCCUAUCAGCUGCAUCUGUAACAGAAUCAUCUUCUUUUCAACCACCAUCUCAACCAGAAGCCGCCUUAAACAGUCACCCUAGUAAUCCAUCACCGCCUAGUUCGCAGCAUCAGGGUUAUAGUAAUUAUGGCAGUCCUGAGUAUCCAUCACCACAAACCGCUUACCAAACUUACGGUGCAUCCUCUCCAACUGCAAACUGGGCUUCUCAAUCAGCAUCAAGCUAUAAUGGUCACCCUGCCUACCGGCCUCCUGCUGUUCCGUCAUCAGACCAAUCGGCUCCAAGCAGCUCAUAUUAUGCCGCAGCUCCUGCUCCAUCGUCUUCUUUGUCUCCAUCGUCAUAUGGAGUCUCCACUGUAGCGUCUUCCUCACGAGCACAAUCUUCUGAAACCCAACAGGUAUUUAGCCCCUACUCACCGACGAACGCUCCUAUACCUUCACCAGCCCCAGCUCCAAGCUCAUCACCGUAUUCAAUCUCUGACGUAUCCUCAUCUUCUUCAUUCUCAUCUGGUUUCCAAUCGACCUUAACUUACAAGAAUCAUCAGAGUCACUCUGUCCAAGUCUCCAACACCAGUUACAAACAGAUUAGUUCAAGUGAAAAUGGCAAUUCACAUCCGACUGACGCCGAUUUUGCAAGUUCGUCUUUGCCCGUACUUCAAGCAGAGUACGAAAAUUCGUCAUACAUCAUUGCAACACCUCCUGAUAAAGACACCGUCUUGUUUCUUCCUUCAUCUUCGUUUCCAUCAUCUCUUGAUGCGGACCAAGAUGAAAAUUCUUUACGUACAAGUUCUUCAGUAGACUCAGAAAGUUCUCCCGCGCAUAAAAAUACAACGUACUCCUCUCAUGCCGCCGUUUCAGUUAAAACAAAGUCUACAAACAAGAUGUUACAACCUCAAAAUAACACCGCAAUUACAGGUCAAGCCGUGGACAACAGCAGUGUGGCUUUGUCAUCUCCUGAGAGCCCCACUGGAAUAGAAGAAGCAGCAAAUUUUCCAAUUAUAAGGAUUCCCGAAAACGUCACAAUGCCUGGAUGGAAGCUUGAAGAUGUCACCAUCACUAAUGCAACGUUCUUGUCCAACUCUUCCAUGGAGCUACCACCCAUAAAUAAGGUGGGAAAUCAAGUCGGUUCAACCACUUCAACAACACAGUCGUCACCUUCUAGAACUUCGCCAAUAGUCACAUUACCGUCCGCCGCUUCAUCAUCAAACAGCAAGACUGCGUCAAGUGACACGUUUAAUAUCCCUUUGGGACCCUUACUGGACUCACUUGCUGCUACAACGCAGCCUGGAAUGACGAAACCUCCCCGGUCACGGUUUUUAACUACACCUUCGCCAAAGCGUGCACCCUACACAGCGACGAAGAAACCACAAGUUGCCUUUCAUCCCACUACUAAGCCUGCAGGAAAGAAAAAGGAAUGGGGCUUUGGAGACAAGUAUUUAGGUGAGCAAUAAAUCAUAUUCAUUGAUUUUAAGGGGGCAGUCUGGUUAAAAGCAUUGUUUUUUGUUUUUGUUUUUGUGUUUGUUUCUCUUUUUCUACCCUUUUUCGUUUUAGCCAAGAUUUCAUUCAAUCAAAAAACGACUCCAUUACCUUGGAGUCCUUGGUUUAAUAACUUUUUGACAACUUUUGGAAGAUAAAUAUUUAAAUGUUUCUAAUGUAUAAAAAUUAAGGGGGGAUGUUUAAAAUGUUGAAACAUUGGAAAAUAGUGAAUUUGGGGGUUGUUAAAAACUUAAACUACAAAUAUGAAGUGAAUAAUUAGUGGACAAAUACCAGAUAGUCCACCACCACAGCAGAGUGCCUCUGAGCCUUUUCGCGAACUAACUGGUUUACGUGUAUACCUUUUCUUCCCUAAUUUAUUUCAUUCCCAAAUCAACAUCAUUUUCGCUAAAAAAUAACCUGGCUGCCCCCCUUAAUACUCAUUCUCACAGAAAUAAAGUCAUAUUUACUUCCCGUGUAGUGCUAAGCACACUUUGCUUCUGUCACCUCCAGAGAUGUUAUUGCGGAAUGUCGAACCGACCCGGGUGUAACAACUGUACGUUUCAAAUAUUCGGGAAAAGCCUGAAUAUACAAUGCUUUUCUUGCCUCUCAUGUUCCACUGCGACAUACUGCCGUUGUUAACAACUUUUUGUCUUUAUCACAGCCUCGCAAAACCAACGUGCACGUCACAGGAACGUUAUCUUUGAUGGUAUCGCUGGUGAUAGUCAAUGUAAGUGAUUCGAAGUCCAAAUUUGUUAUGAUUUUAAACAGAUUAUAAUGUUAUUUAACAAAUUUGUUUUUAGUUAGAGCUGGCUCUGUUUUGUGUUUUUCCAUUGCUAGUUAGUAUAAGUUGACAAUCUUCAUUCUUGCGUUGAUUUCAGUCCUCUUCCGCCCAUUGGUUUAAUUUUUUAGAAGAUACCUGCAGGCUUUCCUCACAAGUAUAUUUUCACGCCUUUUGAUCAGUAAUACCUUCAUGGUCCCUUUCUCCUUAAUAAUCGCUCUUUCUUCAGUUAGGGUAACAAAGAAACUAAUUAUUUUCGUUUCUUUAUGAUAGCUUUCAGCAAUUAUCAAGUUUUGAGUCAACAAGAGGUCUUCUUUCCGAACAGUGGACGAAGAAGACGAAGCAUCACAUGAACUGCUCCUCUUCCGAAUAGCUACUUUAAAACAUGGACAUACAACGAAGUUUGGUGUGAAAAAAUUGCCAUUAAUUUAGCCUUCGAUAAUAACCAGAUAUUCAUAUUGAAUUUGUUUUUUGUAAAUAUGGCGAGA